AUGAAGAAGAUCUUCGGCGCCAAGAAGAACAAGGACCCGCCGCCCACCAUCCAGGACGCAACCGACGGAAUCACCAAGCGCGGAGACACCAUCGAUGAAAAGAUCAAGAAGCUCGACGCCGAGCUCGCGCGCUACAAGGAGCAGAUCAAGAAGACGCGCCCAGGCCCCGCGCAGGAGGCCGUCAAGGCACGAGCCAUGAGGGUCCUCAAGCAGCGCAGGAUGUACGAGGGGCAGCGUGAUAUGCUCUACAACCAAACAUAUAACCUUGACCAAGUUGCUUUUGCAGCAGAGGGGCUUAAAGAUGCUCAGCAAACUAUGACUGCAAUGAAGGCUGCCAAUAAAGAGCUAAAAGGGAUGAUGAAGACUGUCAAGCUUGAAGAUAUUGAUAGCAUGCAAGAUGAGAUGAUGGAUCUUAUGGAUGUAAGCAAUGAAAUACAAGAAACUCUUGGCAGAAGCUACAACGUCCCUGAUGAUAUCGAUGAGGAAGAACUUAUGGGGGAGCUCGAUGCUUUGGAAGCUGACAUGGACUUUGAAUCAGAGUCAGUCCCAUCUUACCUCCAACCAGACCAAGAAUCUGAACUCAACUUACCUGCUGCACCAACUGGCCAUGCAGCAGUCCCAGCAAACCAGCAGCAGGAGGAUGAGCUGGGGUUGCCUACAGUACCGCAAGCUUCCAUUCGUACCUAG